AUGCCUUCGGACGAACAAGAUAAAUUUGAUGGUAUGUUGCUGGCUAUGGCACAACAACAUGAAGGAAUCAAAGAUCUCCUAGAUACUUUCUUCAGUUUUUUGGCAAGGAAGACAGAUUUUUAUAUUGGUGCUCAAGCCGAUGCAGCAAAAUCAUUAGUUUUGGAUUCCUUUGAGAAAUACCAGUCAAAAGCAAAUUUGGCUGCUGAAAAGAAAAGAACUGAAAGUGUUGAAGCUGAAAAGAAAAGGAAAGAAAAGCUUGCUGCCAAGGCCACUCCUAAAGUAAUGGAAAUAACUGACGAAGAAGCAAAAGUAAUUGAAGAUGAAGAAAAAAAGAGAAAAGAAGAUGAAGAAAUAGCUCUAUCAAAACCAAUUACAGAAACCGAAGGCGAAGAUGAGGAACAAGAUAAAGGAAAACUUAUGCCCAAUGCGGGAAAUGGUGCUGACCUUGAGAAUUACAGGUGGACACAAACUCUCCAAGAGUUGGAAAUAAGAGUUCCUCUUAAGACUACUUUUAAUGUCAAGUCAAGGGACUUGGUGGUAGACCUUGGGAAGACACAUCUGAAAAUAGGGCUGAAAGGGCAUGAUCCAAUUGUGGACGGCGAAUUAGAGCAUGAAAUCAAAAUUGAAGAAUCAACCUGGGUCAUUGAGGAUGGCAAGACUCUAUUUUUAACUGUUGAGAAGGUAAAUAAAAUGGAAUGGUGGUCAAGGCUGUUAGCAACGGAUCCUGAAAUAGCUACCCGAAAAAUUAAUCCUGAACCAUCAAAGUUAUCCGAUUUGGAUGGUGAAACUAGGGGUCUGGUUGAAAAAAUGAUGUAUGACCAAAGACAACGUGAGCUUGGACUUCCAACCUCUGAUGAGCAAAAGAAAAAAGACAUGCUCAAAAAAUUCAUGGAACAGCACCCAGAAAUGGAUUUCUCAAAGUGUAAAUUCUCAUAA